AUGCCAGAACAAAAAGACAAUACUAACUCAUCGGAUGUACCAUCCGAACUCCGGUUCACGCAGGAUGGUCAGCAUUCAGUUGGAUCAAAGCCGACGAUGAAGCAAGAAGAGCCUCAAGAUCCAGUGGAAAACUCCAUCCGAGAACGUCCAACAUACGCUUCCUUUGGGGAUGAAGGUACAACCGCGAGCGUCAAUGCCUUCGGGCGCCUCAUGCAAAUCAGUCGAUAUCUCGGACAUGGAAGCUCAGGGUGUUAUUGCGUGGAUUGCCCGGACACUCAUGAGCCAUGGUACGUGGAGAGACGAGCACAGGAACUCGACGGUAUGAUAAACGAUCCGGAUGCUGGGUUUGGUCUUAUAGCGAAGGAUGUUUUUGGAAACCCAUGGCGACAUUCUGGUACGAAACCAACAUUGGAAUUCAAGAACGAUCGUUGGCCAUGUUUCGUUUAUCACGAUCCAGAAGCAUCAUCGCAGUUCUCUAUUCAGUACUUCUGCGUUGACGACACUGUGUUCCAGCGCUACUCUUGGAAACCUUCCGGUAAUGCUAAGGGUCGAUCUGAUCCUCACGGCUUUGAGUUCGACUACGGGAUGCUCAUUCGCGAUCUAGACUUUGUAAACAGUGCAUACCAUGCCAACGAAACCGAAUGGCAAAGUGAACCACGCCAUGCGACGAGUGUGUCCGAAGUCCUUGGCUACGCCGACUCGGAAUAUUGGGUCCUAUGCCCCAAGGAUGAAAGAAGCUUGGUAUUUGGUCAUAAAAUUAUAGCCGAUAGGCCUGAGAUGACUGGAGGCAAAGAUGAGAGGCUGGAGCAUCAACGAGAAAACAACGAGAACCAAGACAAUCAGAAGAACCAGGAGAGCCAGAGCAACCAGGGAUCCCAGGACCACCAGGAAAACCAGGACAGCCAGGAGAAGCAGGAGCACCAGAGCAACCAGAACGACCAAAGCCGGAACAGCCACGAUGACCAGGGGGAACAUCAAGAUAACAGCGAAGAGGUCCAGGGCAUCAGGAGAUCCGAUGGGGCCAACAACUCAAAGGAGCAAGUUAUUGAAAAAAAGCCCGUAGUAUGCCUCAUUAUCUCCGCAUUCUCUAAUGGUGUAUCGCAGCCAAUCAAGCCAUGUGACCGUCAGAAUUUCCGUGGCAAAAUUGAUCUAACCAAGGAUGAGAAUGCGAGCGAUAGUAGCAAGGAAGAUGGACCACUCGAGGUCACGCUGGCAUAUCGACUGCAAACAGUUCCUGAAGAUGACCAAUGGGCACCAUCGGAGGUGAUGCAGAAAAGUUUCGAAGAAUAUUCCCAGAUGUAUUCGUCAGACAAGGAGACCGAAGUGAAAAUCCGUUUUUCCACCCACCCGCGCCUGGAUUUCAUGAUUCGACGCAACUUAGAACACAUAUUAUCCAUCUGCAGUAUCCCUGUACUUCUGAAUGAGCAUGGACGCCGACUCGCGCAAGACGAGGACCAACAAAUUGCCAUAACCUGUGGAGAUAUUGGCGGUCAUCGUGUGUGGCAGCUCUCAAGCUUGUGA